AUGUAUGUGAAAUGGUUUGAUACAGUAAUGUUUUACUAUGUGAUUUUAGUGUAUUUAGUGAAUGUGACUUUUUGACAUUUUUAAAUUUCCCGCCGUUCCGUCCCCGCACGUCCUGACGUCGCAGGGAACGGAACUCGGAAGACAGAUGCCGGCAUCGGACGAAGGACAUUGCGGGGACACCGCAGGAGGGAGGGACAUCGCGGGAGCGCAGGACAAGGUAAGUGCAGAAGGGAUCCCGGAGCAACACUGCAGGGUAUUCCCGAGUGUAGCUCGGGGUUACCGCUUGUGCUACACUCGGGAAUACCUCCAGGGAUGUUAAGUUAA